AUGGCGGCGGCGAGGGAGGUUGUGGCCGGCCGUGAGGAGCCGGGAGCGGCCGUGGUGCUGCCCGAGCGGCUGCAGCGCAGGGAAGCGGAGCGGCAGCAGGGGCUGGAGCGGCAGCGGCAGCGGAAGGAGGCGCAGGUGGUGGAGGAGGAGCGGAGCGAGUUCUUCCUCGCCGCUUUCGGCCGGGAGAAGGAGGCCUUGGAGGGGCUGCUGGCCGCGGGGCUGCUGGAGGACGCGGCCGCCCGGCUGCAGGGGCUCCAGAAGCUGCUGACCGAGAGCGUGCGGUUCCUGGCUCCCUACGAGGUGCGGCAGGGGCAGGAGGCCGUGGCCCGGCUCCAGAGCGACCUAGCGGCCCGGCGACAGCAGCUGCAGCCCAAGAAGAGGUUCACCUUCCGGAGCGUCAAGAAGGAAGCGGCUCCGGGCGGCGAGCAGCGCCCGGCAGAGCCCGUCCGGGCCCCGGCCGCCUCCGCUGCGGCCGAUCCCGGCUACGGGUCUGCCGAAGGGGAACCGGGCGGGCCUCCGCUGUGCGGCUUCAGCGGCGUGGAGGACGAGGAGCUGGAGCUGGGCCCCGCCGAGCUGCUGCAGCGCGACGUGCUCCUGUCCGGGCUCCGCCGCUGCCGGGUGCGGCUCCGCGGCAAUGCCAACACGCUGCGGGUGCGCGACUGCCACGGCUGCACCGUGCUCUGCGGGCCCGUGUCCACCUCCGUGCUGGUGGAUGGCUGCAGCGACUGCCUCCUGGCGCUGGCCUGCCAGCAGCUCCGCACGCAUCGCACCCGCAGCAGCCGCUUCUACGUGCAGGUGACCAGCCGAGCCGUGAUCGAGGACUGCAGCAAGGUCUCCUUUGCUCCCUAUAGUUGGAGCUACCCUGGCAUUGAGAGGGAUUUCGAGUCGUCGGGGCUGGAUAGGGACAGAAACAACUGGAACCUGGUGGAUGACUUUGACUGGCUGGCGACCGACAGGCCUUCACCCAACUGGAGCCUCAUCCCUGAGCAGGAAAGAAUCAGUUGCUGGGAGUGACCGCAGGGGCAGCUUAGGACCGAGCAGGAAAUCCCGGUGUAAAUGCAUUGACUCAGAACUGGGGGACUUCACCCCGUAUAUGCCAUUAAAUGAUUGCAUUCGGUAUUUAGAUUGCCAAUUGAGAGGUGUGACCGGAUUUAUUUAAGCUGGAGAAUACCGGUCAAAUACAGUUUACUGUCCUGCACUAGAUGCUGCUAUAAUCCUUCUGUAUCACUAUGGAAUUUCCCCACUGCUGCAAUACCCAAUUGCAGACUUCUUUUUUCCUAAUUAAGGUGGAACAAGAGACACCAAUACACAAAUGAGCCUUUUGGAGCUGUUGUGCUGCUUCCACUCAUCCAGAGCCCGAAUUAGCAGCAAAUGGUAUAACGUUUGCUGGAAUGGAAAGAUCAAAUUUGUCAUAUUUCAGUGGUUCUCAAGUUGCAGGCAACAGUAUGCUACUUUAUGAGGAGCACGGGAGGGGACAUUUGGGGAAAAAAUGGGACAAAAGAGUAAUUUCAAUGAGUUUUUGCAGGUGAACAGUGAAGCAGGCUUGAGAUGAGUCCUAAGCCUAUGCUAUAUUUAUGAGCCAAAUUCUGCUGGUAGGGGUGGAAUCUGAAAGUUUUCUUUAGGCCUUCAAGUGAGAGAAACCUAAAGGUAGCAAAGUCUCCUAAUGAACAUUUCAUGCUCUCCUUAUACCUUGAUUGUUUGAAAUUAAUAAACCUACAGAGGAUGUAUAAAUACUAAACUUGCACAACCUGAAGAGAGUUUGUGAAGGGAUGCUCCUUCUGUAAACACUUAACCUGGGAUGAAUGAAAUGAGUACUUCUAGGGGUAUACAGCCUACAGUAUGGUAGUAUAAGUA